UUCUUUUUCUUUUCCUUUUCCCUCUUUUCUUUUUCUUUGCUUUCAAUCUCUUGAGGUAAAUCUUCUAACUUCUGAAACAGAACCAAAUUGUAAAAAGAAAAAGGGGAAAAAAAAAACUGUCCUCUGUUUCAUUUGAAAUUCUCCUACUCGUCGCUCAGAAUCUCUUGCUGCCACGUAAACCCAGAAACCCUUUUUACUUUCCUUAAAGAUUUCUUCAUCCGAUCUGAUAUUUUUUUCGUUUCCAUCUCUUUCACAUUUCUCGAACACCCCUUCAAAUCCUCAUUAUAUGUUCUUGAAGAAUUCAACCAGGAAAGGAAUCGUAGUGAGCAAUUUUGGGAAACACGAAAGGUGAAAGAAUGGCAAAGAGAGCGUCUUUUGGGAACGUUGUUCUGAAGAAGCUCUCUGAUAUCACCAACUUGCAGACCGUAAAGUUCACUAGCCAAGACGAAAAGCCGGUGGGAAUUUCCGACUCCGAUAAGGGCAAAAUUGACCAACUCAUCAAGGAAAGAAUGUCCUGGAUGAAGCUCAUCGCCGAAAGAAAUAAAAUAAUUGAACUCAGUGGAGCUGAGUUGCAGAAUCUCCGAGUCAGUCUUCAGAAAUUGCAGCUUCAGAAUUGGAAUCUUGCUCAAUCGAACAGCCAAAUGCUAGCGGAACUUAAUUUGGGAAGAGAAAGGAUAAAAGCACUACAGCAUGAACUUAGGUGCAAGGAUGCAUUACUAAAAGCCAAGAACUUAUGCCAAGAGGGGAAAACAAAAGCAAAUUGUCAAAAGACUCUCUCUCAGGAAGGAGAGGAGGCGGCUUCGAAUGUAGCUGGUCAAGACGAGAAGCCACAUCAUCGCAACAGAAGGCGCGCCGCAAGAAGUCAAUCUAUGGGGCCUUCCACUACAAGCCAAAAACAUGAUGAUAAAGAGGUUGAAAACAAAAGGCGCUGUGUGAGGAGGCAAUCCGUGCAGUUGAAAUCCCAUGAGAGGAAACCGACAGAAAACUUGUUUGAAAUUGAGGAUGCAAAGUUUGACAGUCCAAAACAAACUGGGAAAGAAAAUAGAGAAGAAAGCUGCAUCCCAAACAGUGAAGCAGGCGUAACAACACGAAGAUCUUCACUUGGAAGACCAAUGCGCAAGGCGGUUGUGAAGGUUCAAUCCUACAAGGAAGUCCCUCUCAAAUUCAAAAUGCGGAGAGUGCCAGAGAGAAUGUGAACGGCUGUAAGAAAUAUUUACCUCUCCAUAUGGUUCUGUAUCAGCAUUCAACUGUAACAAAAGUUAUUGUUAUCAAGCUGUUGCUGUGUUUUAUGUUUUUAUGCAUUAUGUACUUUAUGGAAAUUGAAAUGGAAGGAAAUUCU